UUUGAAUUAAAAAAAAAUGAGUUUUAAAUCACAAAAUUCGCAAUAUUUGAAUCGACAUGAACGAACGCACAAUGACACAAAAGAAUUUAUAUGCGAACAAUGUUAUAAGAAGUAUAAAUCCUCGAAAACUUUGAAACAACAUAUUAAAAACGUACAUACUGAAGUUAGGCCCUACAAAUGCGGAACGUGUGGUAAAACGUUUAAGAGUCAAUAUAGUAUGCGUAUUCAUGAGAGAAUACAUAAAGGUGAAAAAUCUUAUCAAUGCGACAUUUGCGAAGCAUUAUUUAGUGAUUCUAGUAAUCUAUCUAGGCACAGGAAAACGCAACACAAUAUACAUAUCAAUUGUAAGGAAUGUAAGGAUGGUUUCAAUACUGAACAGGAUUUGCAUGAUCAUAUAGACAUAAAGCACAUUAAAAAAUCGUAUAAAUUGUCGCACGAGUGCUACCGUAGUAAAGAAAUAAUCGCGACUGACAACAGAAUAUACGAUCAAGAACAAUUACGACUAUUCUUAAUAAUAAUGACGAAUCAAUGGUGA